UUAAUCCCAAAACGACACCGUUUUUACUGUCACUCUGACAAAGAAGUUAGCAAUGGAAGGAGAAGGAGAAAAGGGGAAGAGAAGAAUGAUAAAGCUAUGGUGCGCAUCUCUGCGCAAGAUAGUUCAAAUAAGUGCAUGUGAUAACCAGAAGCUGGACCUCGGGUCGAUAUCUCGGUUAUUCGGGCUCGACCCGAAUACUCUGAUGCUCAACGGUCACUUCAUAAGCAGAGGCCCGGAUUUCAUAGCUUCUACUGUCACGUGGAAGUCGCUGAUUGGCUUCUUCUCUGCCCGCGGGUUGCCCACCGGCGCCACCGAUUCCGACGCUCUCCUUGUCGACGGCAAGUUUUCCAAAAUCGGCUCCAAAAGAUCGUCGGAGCUAGAAGAUGCUGGAUUUACGAUUUCGAGCACCGAAGAACAAAGUUACGGUGGAGAGAAGAAGAGGCCACACCUCAAGAACAAAGACAUCAAGUGGAGUUAUAAUAGUUCAGGCCGUAACAAUUCCAGCGACUUGGAUUUGAAGAGGAAGUGGCGGUUAGAAGAUGAGAGUCGGCUUAAGCGACCAAAAUACGACGAAGCUGAUUUAGGUCUCGGUAGUAGAGAGGUUAGUACCUCGAGAAACGGUCAAUAUUCGUGCAGUUUUAACUGCAAGAACAUGAAAAGAAUGAGGUGUGAUGAUGAGGUGGUUGUUUCUUCCCCUGUAAAGAAAUUAAGAUAAAGCAAUAUGUUAGAUCUCUCUCUCUC